UGGCGUAUAAUUGAUAUACAGUAAAAUGUACACAUUUAAAGUGUACAGUAUAAGUUUUGCCAUACAGAUCCAUCACUACGAUCAAGAUAAUGAACAUAUUAUCACCCCCCAAAUUUUCUCCUUCCCCUUUUUAAUCACAUCCCUCCCCAGGCAACAGUUAAUUUGCUUUCUGUCACCAUUGAUGAGUUUUCAUUUUAUAGGACAUAACUGUCCAAUAAUAUUUCUGUGAUGAUGAAAAUGUCUUAUAUCUGCAUUGUCCAGUGUGGAGCCGCUAUUCACAUGUGGCUACUGAGCUCUUGAAAAGAGGCUUAUCUAAAUUGAGAAAUCCUGUAAGUGUAAUACACACUGGAUUUCAAAGACUUAAUGUGAAGACAAGAAUAUAACAUAUCUCAUUAACGUUUUAUACUGAUUAUAUACUGAAAGGAUACUAUAUUGGAUGUAUUGCGUUUAUGUAUUGACUUGUGUCCCCCCCCACAAAUUCAUAUGGAGAGGUCCUAACUCCCAGUACUUCAGAAUGUGAAUUUAUUUGGAACUAGGAUAUCUAUUUCCUAUGUAAUUAGUUAAGAUGAGGUAGAGUGGACCCCUAAUGCAAUAGGCCUAAUAUCUUUUUUUUUUUUUGGCUGCACCACACGGCAUGUGGGAUCUUAGUUCCCCGACUAGGGGUCCAACCCGGCCCCCUGCAUUGGAAGUGCAGAGUCUUGACCACUGGACCGCCGGGCACAUAUCCAAAGGAAUGAGCGUGAUUCAUGAAUUUUCUCAUUUAAUCUUCAUAACAGCAUUAUAAGGCACUACAGAGAUCUGGGAGACCUGACUGUGGUAAGAAUUCUCAUCCUUCACAGCUUCUGCCAGUUUUUCCAGGAUCCCUUCUGGAGGCUCUGGAGCAUGAGAAUUUGUCUGUUCUCUGGGGUGGAAUGUGUCAAGCCUCCAGAGAAGUCUGUGCCUGCUGUGCUGGGCUGUCAGAGGCAACCUGCUCGCUCCAGGAGGUGAUGGGGAUCCCCUCAUUCCUAGCCCUCCCUGCUGCCAGGAGUGACCGAGCUGCCUGCACAUCCUGCCAUCCUUUGGGCCACAUGCUACUGUGGACGGCUCUGCUAUUCCUCGCUCCUGUUGUUGGGAAACCUGCAGGUCUCCCGAAGGCUGUGGUGAGCAUUCAGCCUGCGUGGAUCAAUGUGCUCAAGGAGGAUUACGUGACGCUGAUGUGUCAGGGGACCAGCUUGUAUGAAGGCAACCUCACCCUGUGGUUCCAUAAUGGGAGCUUCAUCCAGAGCCAGAACCAGUCCAGCUAUAGCUUUAAGGCCAGCAGCAAUGACAGCGGAGACUACAGGUGUCAGAGAGAGCAGACCAGCCUCAGCGACCCUGUGCAUCUGUACGUGACUUCCGACUGGCUGCUGCUCCAGACCCCUAGCUUCGUGUUCCAGGAAGGGGAGCCCAUCGUGCUGAGGUGCCACAGCUGGAGAAACAGUUCUCUGAAUAAGGUCAUAUUCUUCCAGAAUGGAAAAUCCAAGACGUUUUCCCAUCUGCGUUCCAACUUCUGUAUCCCACGAGCAAACCUCAGUCACAGUGGCGAGUACCACUGCACGGGAUUUAUCGGGCAGACGGUGUACUCAUCACAGCCUGUGACCAUCACUGUCCAAGGUCCGGCAAUUCUAUUCAUCUUUCCACCUUGGUAUCAAAUCACUUUCUGCCUGGUGAUGGCGCUCCUUUUUGCAGUGGAUACAGAGCUGUAUUUUUCUGUGCAGAGAGACCUUCAAAGCUCAGCGGGAGACUGGAAGAACUGCAAAGUCAGAUGGAGUCAAGGCCCUCAGGAUGAAUGACCCCUCAUCCCACAGCGUAAGAGCAGUGGCAGCAGCAUCUCUUCAGGCCAUAACUUUCCUCUUCCCCUGGCCCCACCUUGACAGCAACGUGGGCUAAGGAGCCUCCAGGGAAAGAAAAGGCCUGUGAUCUCCAGAGCUAAAAUCCUAAUAGGCCCUACCUUCACUGAUUUCCCUAAGGCCAAGGCACAGUCACAGCCCACCCAGCUCUACAAGGACUCAGAGCAAAUGUGUUUUCACAGAUCCUUGACAGAGGUUCCUCAAAUAUAUGAAAUCUCAGGAAAUCCUGCUUCUACUUUCAAAAUAAAUCCAACAAUCCGACCACUUCUCAGUACUCUACUACUAGCAUCUGGUCCAAGCCACCAUCAUCUCCCUUGAAUUACUGCAGCAGCCUCCUGACUGCUCUCCCUGCACUCACCCAUGACACCUGACAGUCCAUUCUCACCAGAACAGUCAAUGUGUGUUGUAUCUGUCAGGUCUUUUCUUGAAGCCAUGCAAUAGCUUCCCUCUUGCAUUUAAAGUAACAGCUAAAGCCUUUGUAAUGUUCUACGAGGCACUACAUUAUCUUGUUCCUCAGUGCUUCUCUAACCUCAUCUACUGCUCUCCCUUUGCUUCCUUGAACUCUUCAAUUAUACUUCUGCUACAGGUUUAUAUGUUAUUUACUGUUUCUGAAAUGUUCAUUCUUACAGAUAUCUACAUCAUGCUUCAUCAUGGUCUUUACUCAAAUAUCAUGUUAUCAGUGAGGUCUCCUUGAUCAUUCGGUAUAACCCCACUCCUCCACCAUCUCCUAAUCCCGCUCUCCUUUAUUUUCCCCAUUGUACUCAUCACCAACUGGAGUACCAUAUGUUCACUUGUUUAAUUGUUUACUGCUGUAUUUUUCCCCUAUUGUAUGUAUCACCAACUGAC